AUGGACGAGGAGGUUGGUUCUGCUCGCGAUGGCGACGUUACGGCACUGCUCCGUGAGAGCUAUGCGCUCCUACAUCAGGCGACGCUCGUGACCGCGGACGAGCGGCGGAAGUGCGCAGAGGCAUUCACAGAGUGGGCAUUGUCAACACAUCGGUCAACGCCCGCAGGCACUGGGACACCAGCCUCAGGGGGUCACAGCCGUCUGGAACCAACCCGCUCAGUCGAGGGGUUAGUUCCCGUGCUCAGGCGUCAAAAUUCUUUACCGAGAAACGUAGGACUUGGGCGCGGCGUACGCCCACAGCAGAGCAGCAGACGUGUCCGGCUCCGAGGUCGUGGCAACGGUGACGGCUCGCCGCUUCAGGAACGCUCGGCACACGGGGCGCAACCGCCGCGAGCCUUGGAGCAAGCUUCAGAGUCUGAUAGCUUCAUCAGCGACACUGGGGCCCAGAGCGACCAUGACACUUCCAGCUACGAGAGCGACUCGAGCGCGGUUUCCGCGGGCGUGCGCAUACCUAGAAGGAACGACCCCGGUUUCACUGCAACGCGCCCCUGCAGGGCGGAGACAGUGCACCAGCGACGUCUCCCGCACGCACCAGCAUUGCGUACUACGAGCGCUGUCGCAGCACAGCGUGGGUACAGCACACCUGACCAGCGGCAAGUGCCGUCGGAUCGAGGACGAGCCUACAACGCCGCCCGCGAACUGCGUCCAGCAACGUUGCUUGAGGAUUUCGCAGCCGCAGGUGACUCUCUGGGGACGACGCAAGCGGAGAAUGCUCGCGCAGCAGCCGCAGCAGUGCAAGCGCCGGCAGCACUGGCGGCAAAUCCCUCCAUAGAAUGUCUCGCACGAAGGCGCCAGUUGCCUGGACUUGACGUCGGAUCAAGCGCGCUGGAUGAGUCUGCGCCGCCAGCAACCAGAACAGUUUCUCUCGGUGCUGACUGGCUCCUGGCGAGUUUUACGGGCGCUAGCUCCAGCUCGUAUGUGGACAAGAGCCCAAGUCGUCACUUGCCGCGAUAG